GAAGUCACAGGGGCUGCUCAGGAUCUUGAUAUGCCUCUCUUGGUCACCAGGUUCCACUCCUGUUCCUGCAGACAUCUCCUAUCCAAGAGUAGGAGAGCAUUCUCUGGUGUUCAGCACUCCCUGGGAAGCUCCUUUUCUUCUACUCUCCACCUUCAACUAGAAGCUGGUGCUCAGGCCCACAACUGAAGCCUUUCUGAGCAUGGAUAUGACUGUCACAGCCUGGGAGACCGAGCUCACCCCAAUCAAUGGAAGUGAUCAGGCCUUCCAUCAAUAUUAUAAAGAGUUCAUAAUCCUGCAAUUACUGACAAUCAUCGUGGCUCUGGUGGGGCUGGCAGGGAACGCGGUGGUGCUCUGGCUCCUGGGCUUCCGCAUGCGCAGGAACGCCUUCUCUGUCUACAUCCUCAACCUGGCGGGAGCCGACGUCCUCUUCCUCAGCUACCUAUUUAUACGUAGUCUAGCUUUACUUUUCGACUUCGAUAUUGUAAUUAGCAGAUUUCUCUUGCCUGUGUCAAUCUUUGCCUACAUCUCAGGCCUGAGCUUUCUCAGCGCCAUCAGCACAGAGCGCUGCAUGUCUGUCCUGUGGCCCAUCUGGUACCGUUGCCACCGCCCCAGUCACAUGUCUGCUGUCAUGUGUGCCCUGCUCUGGGCCCUGUCCCUGCUGCUGAGCAUGCUGGAAGGGAACUACUGUGGCUUCCUGGUGAGGAAUAUACAUCAUGUUUGGUGCCCAGUGUUGGAUUUCAUCUCUGUGGCGUGGCUGAUUUUGUUAUUUGUGCUUCUCUCUGGGUCCAGCCUGGCCCUGAUGACCAGACUGUUGUGUGGCUCCCAACGGGUGCCUCCUACCAGGCUCUACAUGACCGUCGUGCUCACAGUGCUGGUCUCCCUCCUCUGUGGCCUGCCCUUUGGCAUCCACUGGUUCCUCUUAUUCUGGCUUCCAAAUGAAUCUAAUGCCCUCUUUCAACUUUCCAAGAUGGUAGCACUUCUGUCCUGUGUUAACAGCUGUGCCAACCCCAUCAUUUACUUCUUCGUUGGCUCCUUCAGGCAGCGAUGGAGGAAGCAGAGACACACCCUGAGGCUGGUUCUCCAGAGGGCUCUGCAGGACACUCCUGAGGUGGAUGAACAUGGAGAAAGCCUUCCUGGGGAAACCCUGGACAUGUCGGGAAGCAGUCUGGGGCAGGGAUGAGAGCCUCUGCCCUGUUCAGUCUGAAGUACCUUUGAGACUCACUGCUGCCCUGCCAGGCUUGGAAAGUAUCUAGUCUUCUCUCAGCCUGAGUCUCAGAAUGCUUCAGUGAUUCCCCAAUCUUUUCAAAUAGGUUGUUUUUAAUCUGGAUGUUGCAGUUUUUCUCAGAGAAAGCAUUAGUCCAAACAUUAUACCUUGCCAUUGUCCUUGACAUUACCAAUA